UGUUGUUGUUUAGUUACUAAGUCGUGGCAGACUCAAACCCGUAUCUCUGACAUUAGCAGGCAGAUUCUUUACCGUUGAGCCACCUGAGAAGCCCUCAUUUGUCCGUAACAUUUGUGUUUAUUGAAUUCUUUCUGCUUGGCACUAUGUACCAAAUACUUUAAGACAUACAAAUUUGUAUUUGAUGUGGUCCCUGCUUUCGUUAGUUUAGGAGUGGGAAAAAUGUAUUCAGAAGUAAUUCUCACAAAGAAGAAUGUAAACAAUGCUGAAGAAAAGAGAGAGAGAGAUAAAAGGCUAUGGGAGAUUAGAAAGGGGGGAUUUUUUUUUGCUUAGGGUGAGAUAGGAGUUCAUUUAUGUGUUCAAAAAGGUGACUUGGUAUAUUGUACAUACCUACUUCCCUAGAAGUCCAAUGGCUAAGACUCUUCACUCCCAAUACAGAGAGCCCAGGUUCGAUCCCUAGUCAGGGAUCUAGAUCCUGCAGGCCUCAACUACGACCCAACACAAUCAAAUAAAUAUAGGGGAAAAAAAUUUGUUCAAAUAAUAAAUUAGUGAACAAAAUGUAUGUUGUAACAGAUUGGAUUCCUAAGUUUUCUCGUAAUAGCAGUUCAUUCAGAUUAAAGUAUUAUUGAAAAGAUAGAGAAAUGAGAAAAAAAAAAAAAACUUAAACAGUUAGGCCGCCCUUGGGGAUGAGAAUCUCAAAGAGCCAGAUCUCAUGGACCAGAUUCUUUGGCUAGUGAAUGACUGAGCUCCAGCUACCCUCUGUCCUUGUGUAUCUUACUCAAUAUUCAAGUUUCUGUAAGACCAGAUUGGAUUGCUUUAGCUGCUGUGGAGGUGGAGGAUAGAGUAUUGUGAUUCACAAUCCCACCAAAGCCUUAUGAGAUGUGGGAGAGUCAGUUUUCCAAAGGAUGGUGGGCUAAGGAGAGAAGUGAUGCCAGGCAGAGAAAAUCAGUUGUUGUUUAUUAGAACUGUGUAGCCUUUAUAGAGGACUUAGUAUGGGCUAGGCACUAUGGUAUAUUAUUUAUGUGGCUUUUGAUAUUUAACCCUCAACAGCUCUAGGAGGGAGCAGUCAUCAGCUUUGGUGUAUGUGUUGGCAGGUUCUGAAAUCUCCUUGAAGCAACUCAGAUUAAAGAAGAUCAAAACAACAGAGUCUUUGCCAACUGGAGAAUGGACCGAUUGGGUUCCUUUAGCAAUGAUCCCUCUGAUAAGCCACCUUGCCGAGGCUGCUCCUCCUACCUCAUGGAGCCUUAUAUCAAGUGUGCAGAAUGUGGUCCACCUCCUUUUUUCCUCUGCUUACAGUGUUUCACGCGAGGAUUUGAGUACAAGAAACAUCAAAGUGAUCAUACUUAUGAAAUAAUGACCUCAGAUUUUCCUGUUCUUGAUCCCAGCUGGACUGCUCAAGAAGAAAUGGCUCUUUUAGAAGCUGUGAUGGACUGUGGCUUUGGAAAUUGGCAGGAUGUAGCCAAUCAGAUGUGCACCAAGACCAAGGAGGAGUGUGAGAAGCACUAUAUGAAGCAUUUCAUCAAUAACCCUCUGUUUGCAUCUACCCUGCUGAACCUGAAGCAAGCAGAGGAGGCAAAAACUGCUGACACAGCCAUUCCGUUUCACUCUGCAGAUGACCCUCCCCGACCUACCUUUGACUCCUUGCUUUCUCGGGACAUGGCAGGAUACAUGCCAGCUCGAGCAGAUUUCAUUGAGGAGUUUGACAAUUAUGCGGAGUGGGACUUGAGAGAUAUUGAUUUUGUCGAAGAUGACUCGGACAUUUUACACGCUCUGAAGAUGGCUGUAGUGGAUAUCUAUCAUUCCAGGUUAAAGGAGCGACAAAGACGAAAAAAAAUUAUAAGAGACCAUGGAUUAAUCAACCUUAGGAAGUUUCAGUUAAUGGAACGACGAUAUCCCAAGGAAGUCCAAGAUCUUUAUGAAACAAUGAGGCGAUUUGCAAGGAUAGUGGGGCCGGUGGAGCAUGACAAGUUCAUUGAAAGCCAUGCAUUGGAAUUUGAACUCCGAAGGGAAAUCAGAAGGCUCCAGGAAUAUAGGACGGCAGGCAUUACCAAUUUUUGUAGUGCCAGAACCUAUGAUCACCUCAAGAAGACUCGAGAAGAGGAACGCCUCAAACGCACCAUGCUCUCUGAGGUCCUCCAGUACAUCCAGGACAGCAGUGCCUGCCAGCAGUGGCUCCGCCGGCAGGCUGACAUUGAUUCUGGCCUGAGUCCUUCUGUUCCCAUGACUUCGAAUUCAGGUAGACGAAGUGCACCGCCCUUGAACCUCACUGGCCUCCCUGGCACAGAGAAGUUGAAUGAGAAAGAAAAAGAGCUCUGUCAGAUGGUGAGGUUGGUCCCGGGAGCCUAUUUAGAAUACAAAUCUGCUCUGUUGAACGAAUGUAACAAGCAAGGAGGCUUAAGACUGGCACAGGCAAGAGCACUCAUCAAGAUAGACGUGAACAAAACCCGGAAAAUCUAUGAUUUCCUCAUCCGAGAAGGAUACAUCACCAAAGCCUGAGGCUCCCCAGGAAUGUGGCGGGCCAAAGGACCGCACGGCCUUUCUGGAGCCUUGUUUUUGAACUGAAGUCUCAUUGUGGAAAGAGGGGAAGAACAAAGGAAAUCUUCAGUUUUAUUAGUGUCUACUUUCUUCUCCACCCUGCUUUAAAAUACUCCUGUUGUUGGUAUUGUGCUGCAGAAUUAUGUGCUAGAUAAGCUAUUGUUAAUUGUGUGUGGGCAUUCAUUCCUAACACCUCUUGUAACUAAAACAAGAACCAUAGUACCUCACAUCACAGUGUUAGUAGAAAUAGAACUAAACCAGUCUGUAAUCCCAGGAGUGCAGCUCAGGUUCUUGUACCUGCUUGGGAGGUUGGUUUUCUGAUUAUGUUUUGCCUUCAAACGUUACAGAUUUAAAAUAAAGAGGUUAUAGUGAGAGAAGGCUUUCUCUUUCUGUUUGAGGGUUUCUUUUUAACCUGACAACUUAUGUUUUUGAGUAGAAAGGAGUAAAACCUCCCCAUGAUGAUCUUGUCCCAAACUGUACUUUGAACUUGAAUGUCUGGCUCUGUAAUCUGCAGUCUGAUUGGCUAAUCUGCAGAAGACUUUUGAGGAGGUAGCAAUGGAUAUAAAAUGUCUCUGUUAUUGUUAGAAUUGAUUAAAAUGUUUUGCUACUUAA